GAUAUAUCUACCUUUUCAUUAAUUCUACGAUUUCGAGUUUGUUCGGAAGAAGACACGUUUCCAAAAAAUCUUUCUUAAACUAUCCUUGACGAAUAUCCACAACGAAAUGGCUGAAAACACCACAGAGGUUGAGCACAAGGCUAAACGGCCUUUCCGUAAAUUCACAUACCGUGGUGUUGACUUGGACCAACUUUUGGAUAUCCAAGGAGAACAGUUGAUCGAGCUGUUGCACUCACGUGCUCGCAGGCGUUUCUCACGUGGUGGUUUAAAGCGUAAAGAGUCAGCAUUGGUUAAGAAAUUGCGCCGAGCAAAGAAAGAUGCUCCACCAAUGGAAAAACCUGAAGCUGUUAAAACUCAUCUCCGUAAUAUGAUCAUUGUUCCUGAGAUGGUUGGCAGUAUCAUUGGUGUCUACAACGGCAAAGUUUUCAAUCAAAUUGAAAUCAAGCCUGAAAUGAUUGGUCAUUAUUUGGGUGAAUUCAGUGUGACAUACAAACCAGUUAAGCACGGAAGGCCUGGUAUUGGUGCCACCCACAGCUCUAGGUUUAUUCCAUUGAAAUAAAUUAUAUUUUUUUUUUCACAAUAAAAUAACUCAUGUGGUUCUAAU